AUGCAUCUCACAGCUCUUCUCGUCGUCGGAGCAGUCCGAGCAAUGGGUGCAGCCCUGGCUCCCCGCGCUGUCAACUGCGACUUCGCAACCACUGCUGAUGCCGGCGCUACAUGCGCUAGCUUUUCCAGCAGCUGGGCACUGUCAGUGACUGACUUGCAGAAGUUGAACCCUGGCAUCACCUGCCCGAAUCUCGAUACCAGCAAGUCUUACUGCGUGGUCGGUACCGCCACGGAUGAACCAACCCGAUCCACGAGUACAACGACCACCGCCACCCAGCCAACAGCUACGGAUGAACCAAUCCCAUCCACGAGCACAACGACCACCGCCACCCAGCCAACAACCACCGAUUCCGCUCCCAGCAACUCUCCCACUAUGCCCGGCAUUGCAUCCAACUGUGAUGGCUUCCACAAGGUCUCAUCCGGAGACCAGUGUGAUACCAUUGCCAAGGAGUAUAGUAUCACCGAAGCCCAGUUCAAGAGCUGGAACAGCCAGGUCGACGCCAAAUGCUCAAACCUUUGGUUCGACUAUUUUGUCUGCGUGCAUGUUCCCGGCGCAGUCACCACCUCGGCUCCCCAGCCAACCGCCCCUGCGGGCCCAACACCCCAGAUGCCUGGUAUUGUCAGCAACUGCAACAAGUACCACCUGAUCGAGGAUGGUGAGAGCUGCUGGUCCAUCUACACGGAGGCGGGUAUUACCUUGGCACAGCUCCGUAAGUGGAACUCGGAGGUAGAUGCCUCGUGCAGCAACCUUUGGCUGGGCUACUAUAUCUGCACUGGUGUUUGA